GCUUUGCACACACAUCUCUGUAAACAGACAGCUUCCUGCUUUGUACAGUCACUUUCAACAUCGGCAGACAUGAAUGGGAUGAGUGCAUCGCUCUGGCUGGGAUGCUUGUUUCUUAUUUCUUUGCAAAGAACACAUGCACAGCUUGACCAGGCAGAUGGUUUCAUUGAACAUUGUAGACCUCAGCCAUCAUGCAAGGAAUGCAUUAAUUCCAGUCCUAGCUGUGCCUGGUGCAAGUUGCAAGACUUUACAAAACCAGGAGAGACAGAUUCAACUCGAUGUGGUCCCCUGCAGGAUCUUCUGAAGCGUGGUUGCAAUCUUAGUGACAUCAUUAAUCCCACAAAUACAUGGGAGGUAAAAGAGAAUCUGCCACUGAGUGAAGACAAUGACAAAAAAAUUGUACAGCUAGCACCUCAGAAGCUUCAUCUAAAACUACGUCCAGGAGUUCCAGAGACUUUCUCUGUAAAUUUUAGACGGGCAGAGGGAUACCCAGUGGACCUGUAUUACUUAAUGGAUCUCUCUUAUUCCAUGAAAGAUGAUCUGGAGAACAUCAAAAAACUGGGAAAUGACCUCCUCGUUGCUCUAAAGAAUGUGACAAAGUCAGUUAAGAUUGGUUUUGGCUCAUUUGUGGACAAAACGGUACUGCCAUAUACCAACUCCCUGAAAUCUAAACUCGAGAACCCUUGCCCAGAACGUACAGAGAAAUGCCAGUCGCCUUUCAGCUUUAAGCAUGUGCUCCAGCUCACGGACAAUGUUACUGAAUUUGAGCUUAAAGUCAGCCAGCAGAGCAUAUCUGCGAACCUUGACUCGCCAGAAGGUGGUUUUGAUGCAAUGAUGCAAGCAGCUGUGUGUAUGGAAGAAAUUGGCUGGAGGAAUGUAACAAGGCUCCUAGUGUUUACUUCGGAUGAUACAUUUCAUAUAGCAGGAGAUGGACGCCUUGGAGGGAUUUACCUCCCAAAUGAUGGAAGAUGUCAUCUGAACAAGGAAGGACUAUACGAAAAAAGCAAUGUGUUAGAUUAUCCUUCUGUGGGACAUUUGGCACAUACACUUUUUGCUUCCAAUAUUCAGCCUAUAUUUGCAGUCACAACAAAUACUCUGCAACCUUAUCAGGAACUAAGUAAACUAAUUCCAAAAUCUGCUGUUGGAGAGUUGAAACAUGAUUCCAGUAAUGUGAUCCAGCUCAUCACAGAUGCCUACAAUAAUUUGUCCUCCACUAUUAAUCUUCAGCACUUCAAAUUGCCCCAAGGAUUUGACAUCUCCUAUCAUUCUUUGUGUGGAAAUGGAAUCACUUUAAAUCAGAAACAGGGGCAGUGUUCUGGUGUGAAGAUAAAGGAACAGGUUACAUUUAAUGUGACAUUGAGAGCGAAGCAGUGUCUAGAAACCAAGCAGAGUUUUCAGAUCCGUCCCUUAGGGUUUAGCGAAGAACUACAAAUUGAGGUGGAGACACUUUGUGAUUGUGAAUGCCAUGACUUUACAGAGAAUGCAGACUACUGCAGUAAUGGUACCGGGAACUUCAGCUGUGGAAUAUGCAGAUGUGAUGCAACACGCCUGGGGCGAUUAUGUGAGUGCGACAGAUCUCAAAUCAAAGAAAAAAAUCUGGACUCUACUUGCCGCAUGGACAACAACUCUUUGGUGUGCAGCGGGAGAGGAAAAUGUGUUUGUGGCAAGUGUGAGUGCAGUAUUAAGGCACAUGGGAACUUCUGUCAAUGUGAUGAUAGCAGUUGUCCAAGGGACGGUGGUGAAGUAUGUGGAGGAAAUGGAAAGUGCGACUGUGGCAUAUGUGAGUGCAAUGAAGGUUACAGUGGGGAUGCCUGUGAUUGCAGUUUAUCUGAAGAUUUCUGUAAAACACCAGAAGGAGUGGUUUGUGGUGGCAAUGGCACCUGCGAGUGCAAUAAAUGUAAAUGCAAUGUGGGCUACUCAGGAAAAAUGUGUGAGCUCUGCAUCACCUGCAAAACACCAUGUGAAAACUACAGGGACUGUGCAGAAUGUAAGAGCUUUGGUACUGGGAAACUGAAACAUACAUGUGAAGAGAGCUGCAGUAUGACUCAGAUCAAGAUGGUUAAAAGUUCAUACUCCUCUGGAAAAGACUGGUGUCAUGUCCAAACUGAUGGUGGUUUACUUACAUUUGUCCAUGAAGAAAAAGAAGAUGGUACAGUUAUACUCACAAUUAAAGAGCCUCCAGAACAAGUUAACCCAAUUCCAAUUAUUAUUGGAGUGAUUUCUGGAAUAGUCUUAAUUGGCAUGAUGCUUAUCAUUGUGUACAGAGUCAUGGUCGAAGUCUAUGAUCGACGAGAGUUCCACCGCUUUGAAAAAGAAAGACAGAAUGUCAAGUGGCAAGAUGCUGAUAAUCCACUAUAUAAAAGUGCAACCACAACAAUCAUUAAUCCAAAAUUUCAGGAUGAUAAUGAUACCGAUAACUGAUAUCUUUUGUCUCAUCGAAGAAACACGUGGGCUGUCUCUCACCAUUGUACAGAGAACUAAACAAAACAUGUCAUCCAGCCAUUCUCAUCAUAAAAAGCAGUGCUUAUUUUACUGUUUUUUUAAAGGAAAAACAUGUUUCUUAAAGCGAUUACUGUGUCAAAAUGGAGAAAACAGCUUUUUUAAGAAUAUAGUUUGCUGAACAAAUGAAAGCAUUAACAUGUGAUGCUUUUACUCAUAAGCAGUUAGCUAGACAGAUGAUGCGCAUGUUUUCUUUGACAGAGCCCACAUUUGCCUAGCAUUUUAUUAUAAUUUAGUUCUUCAAGAACAGUAACAUCAAGAAACAACCUUUUGAAGGGCAGAAAAAUUAACUUCAACGUAUAGACUGUAAAAUGAAUUGUGUAUCCUUUUACUUUAGAUUACUUGUACUUGAUGAGCACAAAGUUGUUUGCAUGCAAAAUUGACCUGAAAGUAGUCUGUGUUGGAACAUUUUUCAACUGCAUAAUGUUUGCUUUCAUUGUUGCAAUCCACAUGAGAAGAAUUACAUUUUGGAUGCCCAAUGACCAUUGUUUGUGACAAGGCAGAAAAAAAGAAUCAGCAGGCCACAGUUACCUUGAUGAAUGAAAUGAUGCGUCUGUUAAACCAGUUCAUGGACAGCUACAACAUAUAUGCAAUAUUAAAUAAGCCAGUCAUAAACAAUUCAUUUUAUAUCUAUAUUUUUUUUUCCUGUGGAAAAAUACACCAUGAAUGGCAGACUCAAAGUGAGUAUUUAAUGUUUUCUCUGCAUCACUCACGGACACCAGCAAAGCAAUUGACAUCCAUGUCUUGGCAGUAUUAUAUUUUUGUUAACUAAUUUCAUACUGAGCUUAGCCGUGGUGGUGCAGCGGUUAGCGUUGUCACCACAUAUCAAGGGGUUCUCCCAUUCAAUUCUCAGCUGGAGCGCCUUCUGUGUGGAGUCU